UACAGGUGGGGACAGCAAUGGCGAGAUUAUUGAUGCGGGAAACCAGGACGCUCCUGAGUUGGGAGAGGACGGGAACAUAAACGAGCAAGAAGAAAUCGCUGCACCAGAGAUGAAUGACGUCGCAUCAAGAACUUUGCUCGUAAAACGUAAACAAGAAGUGACCGAGCGCGCAGCUACAGCGGCCCUGCUUACUGGAC